CCUCGGGCAAGCACGUCGCGUUGGUGGCUUCCAUUUCCGUGUCCGGUGUAGUCCUGCCUGUGUGUGAGAGCGUACGUAAGUGCGUGCCUCUCUCUGGCUGCGUGUGCAUGUGUCUGUAGGUGUGAGGGCGCCAAGUGGUUCGUGUGUCUGCUUAACCACCAGUUAAACAACAACAGUCAAACAAAGACAUUUAUCCUUCACCAGGAAGGAGCAGAUAAAUAUUUAGAUAGACAGAGUUGAGAUUCCUAAAAUAUUGACAGACCGAAAGCCGCAAUCAAAAACUGCAAGCGAACUGCAAAAAUUGAAGAAAUAGAAGACCACAGCGGAAGACGCUGAGAAACAGGCAACAGUUCUUUUGCCGCUCGAACAUGGAAAUGGAUGUUAAUCGCCAGACACGCCACAAUGGCAACCUAAUGACCAUAUCCGCCCGCUGUUCCAACAACAAUUCAGCAGCAACUACAGGAACUGAGACAGCAUCCUCUUCGGCGCCGCCAAGCGGUUGUUGCGGCAUCUUGAGUCGCCUCUUUUGUGUGAGUCGCCACAAGGCAACGCAGCUGGUGGCAGGCAGCGAGUGCCACAGCAACGAUCCAUUCUCGUCGCAGCUGCAAUGCAAGGCAGCCACUGCAUCCGGACAGCGACGCCGACGCACGCCACAGGAAAUCUACUUCGAGAGUCGUGGCAAGUCUUGCAAGAAGCUAUUGAAAUUCAAUGGCAAUUCCAAUAAGAUAUUGCUUUAUCCUGAAGAGGGCUGGGCGCGCACUGCCUCGUCCAGCUACUGGACCAUCACGCCCUGCUGGUGGCAGCCCAAUCGCUGCCGCAUUGUCGAGUGCGCCGGCACACAGCGUCGGGCGACAAAGGCACGAAUGCUGCCACUGGAACAGCAGGGCUCCCUGCUGAUUGCCGGACACUUUGGCAGGAGCACGCCAAUGGCAUCGGCAUCGGCAGCAGCAGCAUCCGGAACUGUGGCUGCCACUCCAACAUCUGCAGCAGCAGCAACAACAACUUCAGCGGCAACAACAGGCUCUCGGACCAGAUCCAAUGGCUGUGACAAGUCACAGCCCGCGUGGAACGACGAGUUCAAGCUGUAUCUGACGUCAAACAUCUCGAUGGAGGACUACAACAUGGGCUAUUGCCUCACCGGCUUUGUAGAGCGACGCUGCCAGCUGACAAACACCUUUCAGAUGACUCACUUUGCCGUCAUCAAGCGGCAGUGGCCGCCAUCGCCGUCCAAUCUGAGCAAAUCAUAAGGUACCCCCUCCCUUUCCCUACAUCCAACUCCAACCCCUUUCCACCCCCACACAUAUUUGUGAUUGUGAUCCGGUAUUUGGUUAAGAUUUUGAUCAAAACAAAUAAAAACUAUCCCGAUUUUUGUAAAGUUUUUAGCAGUUAAGUAGUGUGAAAUAAUUGUUGUGCAAUCUCAAAUCGAAAUCAAAAGAAAUACACCUUUAGCAGUGUCCUGAAAACAAUGACCGAUCAAACUUUUUGGCUAUUAAAAACUCGUAUCCAAUGGAAAGUCUUCAAGCUUGUUUUUCAAGAGAAAACUUAGAUGUGAGCUCGAAAGCUCAAGCAGAAGGUGUAGAGUCUCAGCCUCUAUUUAAGGGACGACUGGAAUUCACUUCUGUGUACUUAGCGAGUAAAUUGUAUUUUUAUCUAAAUGUUCUAGAGAAAUGCCAGCGAAAAUUUAGCAGAAAAACCGAAAUCGAAACCGAAAAACUCUAUGUGUGCUUUCAGUGUUGUGUACUACGAAAAUAAAAUACAAAAUAAAAUAAAAAACGCAUGAAAAAAUAACUGUUAAAUGCCAAAUGAAACUAAACCGCUUAGCCAGCACUCACACACACACACACACACACAGAGAGUUGCUGCAGCACACUCAUACAGUUGCAGCACUUGAGCUUGGGCAGCUACUUAAUGCCUCAAAAAAGUGCAACAAAUUGAAACUUGUGCUUGUCGAAGCAUGUGAUUGUGAGUGCUCCCCUAGGGGCAUGGCACCUACAUAAGUGUGCAUGUGUAUGUGUGCCAAAGUGCUCGAGUGCGUGUGUGUGUGUGUGUGUGUGUGUGUGAUGGCUGGGUACUCUCUUCUACGAUAUACAUACUUACUAUAUGUACUUAAACGGCCAUGUUUGCGCAACUUAUUGCCUUUAAGCUUUAAAAUAUAAGCGCAGCGCGUACACAACAGCAGCAAACAAGCCAACAGCUUGAAGGGAUGGCAACGGCCACUAAGCAUCAGGAAAUGAUUUCUUUAAUAAAAUUAAAUCCCAUAAAAGGUGCUGCUUAGUGGCCGCAAUCAUUUCUUGAAGUUCAGUCCAAAGUUUGCACUGUUCACUCUACGCUUAGCCUAAGCCACACUAUCUCUACGAGUAUCUAUCUCACCCAAUCACCGACCCACUCACCAACCCACUGACCCCCACUCACUUGUGCUGUCGCUCUGUCCCCUCAUCCACUCACUUUUGAGCAUAAUACGCAACGUAUAUCAACAAUUCGUCCAAUAAUUGGAGUCUUUUGGCGCACAAAUUGCCAAGGAACAAUUGGCAAGGCCAAAGCUCCAGUUGCCAAAAAACCCUAAGUGUUAAAAACAAAUAAAUGAAAACCAAAGCUAAAUAGGUAAAGAGAAAACCAAAAAAUUAAAAACCAAAAACUGUAUGUAUGUAGUUUAAGGAAUGCAUAGUUUAAAAUUCAACAAAUAUUUACAAGCUAGAGUUUUAUGAAUCUAUACGAAAUCUAUAUAUUGUAUGUGUAUACUAUGUGUGUAGGGCUGAACCUUUUUGCGAAUAUAUAUGUAUUUGUAUAUGUAUAUGUAUAUCUGUGUAUUUAUAUAUAAUUGUAUUCCAUAUACAACAAUAACAUUUUUGCCGUAGUUCGCAUAGCUCGCUUUUAGGCGCUUUACACGCAAGCGACAAAUGGGGGAAAACUCCAGAAAAUCCCCCAUGGAUAUCUUAUUUGCUUCAGACACUCCGACCCCGCCACUUCAAUCCUCAUCUAAUUGAUAUUUACGUGUCAGGUACCUGCCAGAUUCAUCCUGAACAUAAACAUGAACAUGAAUUAUAUAGAAAUACAAAUAUUAAUCAAUGAAUUAUGUGCAAAUAUUUGAGUCCAUUUUGAUUAGGAAAUACACCGAGAAACUGGGAAUUAUUUUAUUGAAAACUGUUCUAUAUAUUAUGCGUACACUCACACUAUUGCAUAGGGAUGUACCCCAAAUGUCUAGAUUCUACUACUAUGCUGUUCUGUGGAUGUGUGCGUGUCCUUCUAUGUGUGUAGCAUAAAUUUCUGCGCUUUAGCUUCAAAACAGACAAAAGCCCGGCUUAAAGCUGAAACCCCUAAAUGAAUAAAUAUAUAGUAUGAACACAAGAACACGCAAUGAGCUUCUUUUGUAGUCGAAUCGAGCAAACAAGAUAUGAAAAACAAAUGAAAAACAAAACAAAAACAAAAACAAAUUGAUAUUUAAUAUUGGUAAGCCGCAAAUACAAACAUACAUGAAAAACCAAAAACCAAUUAGGCCUACAACUCGUACGUGAGCAAUGGCAAAGGGCUUAAAAUUAAUUCAUUAACAUUAAGCUUGUAUUUGAAUAAGCGGAGUGGAAAACACCCGACUAGUUUGUAGCAGAAAUAUUUAUGUAUUACGAUGAAUUGGUAGCGAAACAAAAAUGCGCAAAUAUAAAUCGAAUCAAAGGGAAAUCGAUUGGAAAAUGAAAAUAAAAAUGCAAAUUUAAAUCAAACAUGUUGACAUGUUGAUCAGGCGAAAGCAUAAAUCAAAUCAAAUCAAAUAAAAAAGCGCCAACAAAUGCAAUUUGAGUCAGCGGUUGAAAUGUGCAUUGAAAGUAAAUACUUGUACACUGGAGGGUGGUUCUGUACCGUAAUGGCAAUAGAGGCAGAAUUCAAAAUGCAGAGAUUAUAUACCCGAAAUCAAAACAUAGGAAAUAAAGAAAGAAA